AUAGUCAUGAGGAGGAAUAGAGUUACAAACAGACAUUUACAACCACAGCCAUACAUUGAGUGAGAGGCCAUUCUAUUUCUAUCAUUAAUAAUCUGAUCCACUUCUCUUUCUCUUCAUCUUACACCAUUAGAAUUCAAACUUAAACACACCAUCCAUCACCCAUUUUUAUCCCAUUUCACUCUCUUCUUUGCUACUUACUCGUGCUGCUUCUGCAUUGUUUUGGUGCCAUUUGCAGUCAUGGCUUCGGCUGCUCUUUCUGUAGCCAAUUCAACUCUCCAGGUUGGGAGCAAGGGAUUCUCCGACUUUGCUGGGCUUCGCAGUUCGUCUUCCUCUCUUCCAUUCGCAAGGAAGACAAAUGAUGAUUUGCUCUCUGUUAUUGCCUUCCAGACCUCUGUUGUUGGUGGAGACAAGAACAAGAGAGGAGUAGUCGAGGCCAAGCUGAAGGUGGCAAUUAAUGGUUUUGGAAGAAUUGGAAGGAACUUCUUGAGAUGCUGGCAUGGAAGGAAGGAUUCCCCUCUUGACAUCAUCGCUCUCAACGACACUGGUGGUGUCAAGCAAGCCUCUCACCUUCUCAAAUAUGACUCCACCCUGGGUAUCUUUGAAGCUGAUGUCAAACCUGUUGGCGAUGACGGCAUUUCUGUCGAUGGCAAAAUUGUUAAAGUCGUCUCCAGCCGCAACCCCGUCAACCUUCCCUGGAAAGAUUUGGGGAUUGAUCUAGUGAUAGAAGGUACUGGAGUUUUCGUAGACAGGGAGGGUGCCGGUAAACACAUUCAAGCCGGGGCGAAGAAGGUUCUCAUCACAGCUCCUGGAAAGGGUGAUAUUCCUACCUAUGUUGUUGGUGUAAAUGCUGGUGAUUACAACCAUGAUGAGCCUAUUAUCAGCAAUGCUUCUUGCACCACCAACUGCCUUGCACCUUUCGUCAAAGUCCUCGACCAGAAAUUCGGCAUUAUUAAGGGAACAAUGACGACUACUCACUCCUACACUGGAGACCAGAGGCUUCUUGAUGCGAGCCACAGGGAUCUUAGACGUGCACGAGCUGCAGCCCUCAACAUUGUUCCUACCUCGACUGGUGCUGCAAAGGCUGUGGCGCUCGUCCUUCCACAACUCAAAGGAAAGCUGAACGGCAUUGCUCUUCGUGUCCCGACGCCCAAUGUGUCUGUGGUGGAUCUCGUCGUCCAGGUCGAGAAGAAGACAUUCGCCGAAGAAGUGAAUGCUGCAUUCAGGGAGGCUGCUGAUAAGGAACUCAACGGUAUCUUAUCCGUGUGCGACGAGCCACUCGUGUCUGUGGACUUCAGGUGCACUGAUGUUUCAUCAACAGUUGAUUCUUCAUUGACAAUGGUGAUGGGAGAUGACAUGGUUAAGGUUAUAGCUUGGUAUGACAAUGAGUGGGGUUACUCACAGAGGGUGGUUGAUCUUGCUGACAUUGUUGCUAACAAAUGGAAAUGAUGAAAUAAAUUUGGUAUCAUGUGAUUCUGUAAAUUUUCUUCUUCUUUUUUUUUUUUUUUUUUUUUUUUUUUUUGGGGUUCCAAGUGUCUGCAGAUUUUAAUGUACUUUUUUGAGAAUUCUGAAGAGAAUGUAAUCAAUUAAUUUCAAAAAAAUAGGUUUCUAUUGAGGCCUGUAAUUGCAUAGCA